AUGUUCACGUCCAAGUCCAACUCGGUGUCGCCCUCGCCGUCCCUGGAGCAGACUGACUCGGACGCGCUGGACAUCAGCACCAAAGUGCAGCUCUACGGUGUGCUGUGGAAGCGGCCCUUCGGGAGGCCGUCGGCCAAGUGGUCCCGGCGGUUUUUCAUCAUCAAAGAGAGCUUUCUUCUUUACUACUCUGAAAGCGAGAAAAAGAACUUUGAAAGCAAUAAAUACUUCAAUAUACAUCCUAAGGGCGUCAUCCCCCUAGGAGGCUGCCUGGUGGAGGCCAAGGAGGAACCCAGCAUGCCCUAUGCCAUGAAAAUCUCCCACCAGGACUUCCAUGGCAACAUCUUGCUGGCUGCUGAGUCCGAGUUUGAGCAGACCCAGUGGCUGGAGAUGCUACAGGAGUCCGGGAAGGUGACUUGGAAGAAUGCCCAGCUGGGAGAAGCCAUGAUCAAAAGCCUGGAGGCCCAGGGGCUGCAGUUGGCCAAGGAGAAGCAGGAGUAUUUAGACAAGCUGAUGGAGGAGACGGAAGAACUCUGCCUUCAGAGGGAGCAGAGAGAGGAGCUUGAACGCCUGAACCAGGUGCUGGAAGCCGAGAAGCAGCAGUUUGAGGAGGUGGUGCAGGAGCUGAAAAUGGAGCAGGAGCAGAUCAGAAGGGAGCUUGAGCUGACCGCAAGAUGCCUCAAGGGUGUGGAGCAAGAGAAGAAGGAGCUGAGGCACCUCACAGAGUCCCUGCAGCAGACACUGGAGGAACUCUCCAUAGAGAAGAAGAAAACCCUGGCGAUGCUGGAGGAGAAUGAGAACCAGCUGCAGACACUGGCCAAUCAGAGUGAGCAGCCCCCUCCCAGUGGGGGUCUCCACAGCAACCUGAGGCAGAUAGAGGAGAAGAUGCAGCAGCUCUUGGAAGAGAAGCUCCUGGCUGAGAAGCGGAUGAAGGAGAACGAGGAGCGCUCUCGGGCCCUGGAGGAAGAGCGGGAGUUCUACUCCACCCAGUCACAGGCCCUGCAGAACUCGCUGCAGGAGCUGACCGCAGAGAAGCAGCAGGCCGAGCGGGAGCUCAAGGCCGAGGUGAAGGUCCGCAUGGACCUGGAGAGGCGUCUGCGGGAGGCAGAGGGGGCUUUGCGGAGCCUGGAACAGGGGCUCAACUCCAAGGUGCGGAACAAAGAGAAGGAGGAGAGGAUGCGGGCUGACGUGAGCCACCUGAAAAGGUUCUUCGAGGAGUGCAUCCGGAAUGCGGAGCUGGAGGCCAAGAUGCCGGUCAUCAUGAAGAACUCCGUGUACAUCCACAAGGCGGCCACUCGCCGGAUCAAGAGCUGCCGCUUCCACCGGCGCCGCUCCAGCACCUCCUGGAAUGACAUGAAGCCGUCCCAGUCUUUCAUGACCUCCCAGCUGGAUGCCAACAACAUGGAGGAGCUAAAGGAGGUGGCCAAGAGGCUCAGCCGGGACCAGCGCUUCCGAGAAUCCAUCUACCACAUCAUGGCAAACCAGCCAGGAGUGCCAUCCGUGGUUCCUCGGGGUGGGAAGUGAUGAGGGGGCCUCCCCUGCCUCCCAGGUCUUUUCU